GCGCAAGCGCACGCAUGCGGGUGAGACACAGCGCAAGGCGGUUGGCAGGAGAUGGAUCCCGACCUCUUCCUCCGAAAGCUGUCUACAUUGCAGGCUGCCUUCCGGGGCUUCUUAGUCCGACGUCAAUUCCAGAGCCUUCGAGCUGAGUAUGAGACAAUUGUACAAGAGAUUGAGGGUGACCUCAGCACGCUUCAGUGGACUGGGGGAUGGAUUCCCAGGCCCAUAUUUCUCCCAGAGGCAAAAUCUCAUCGAUCCUGGAAAGCAGAGAAAAUACCAAACCCAGAGCAGAAACUAUGGAGCCAUUCCCCAUAUAAAGACUCUAAAAAAGAGCUCAUCCGGGAGGAGAUGGUCCUGAAGAAGACAGAAAAGAGCCCAGCAGAACCAGGACGUCUUUGCAGAGAUGACAGCUCCUGGCUGCAGGCUGAGCAGGGCAGGAAAACCAGCCAGAGGAACAGCAAAGAUACCUCUGUCUCCAAGGUGGAAAAUGCAGUCACAGAUCUAGGAUUGUCCCAGAGCCAACAGGAGCUCCAGGAGCAGCGCAACCACUUGGCCAUGGAGCUACUGUGGCUACAGCAGGCCAUCAACAGUCGAAAGGAGUACCUAAUUCUCAAGCAAACACUGAGAUCCCCAGAAGCAAGCCAGACCAGAGACAAGCCUUCUAACACGUGCCUGAAGCACAGGGGACAGGCCUAUGAGAAGACCUGGUUGCAGUCAAGCUGUGUUCUGGAAAACCAAUCCUAUAGAGACAGGGUCAUAGGAGAGUCACAACAUGCAGAGGACUCCUGCCACACGGGCAGGUUGCAGCCCCAGAAACCCCCAGACAGUGUGACCAGUACCGGCAAAGCCACUGCUGGGUCUAAAGGCAGAGAACUCUGCUAUAGGAACUCGGGAUCACACCUGCCUGCAGCAUUAGAGAGCCAGGCUGGAGGGGACAGAGUCACCAAAGGGCCAGACCAUGGAGGACAGCCCUUUAAUGAAACCUCCCUACAGCAGUUGAAACUCCUAGAGGAUCAGACCCCUGGGGACCUCAAGUUUAGAAGUCCUUAUUCUGGAAAAGCUGAAACACAGCUGCCUAUUCUGUGUGAAAAUCUAAAUGUUAACAACAGACAUUCCAGAAAGGCAAGCUACAAGGAGGCUGCCUGCCGAAGAGCCGGGCCCUGUGAUCUGAGUAUCUCAGAAGGCCACAUGAUUUGGGAUGAGACCUUGGCAGGGCAGGAAUGUGGUAGCCUGGAUCUCACGAGGACUAAACCACCUAAGAGCCAACCCCCUAGUGCUAGCACUUUUAGGGAUCUCACAAGGACUAAACCACCUAAGAGCCAACCCCCCAGUGCUAGCACUUUGAGCCAUGGAACUACCAGUGAGCUUAGUCCAGGAUGGGAAAGCUAUGGGACUCUGCAGUGCAGAUGAAGAACUGGAGAACUUGUCUUUCACAAGACAGGACUAGGGGAAGGGCAGAUACUAGCAAGAAAGCAGGACCAUCAGGGAAGACGUGGGGAUCUAGGAGAGGAAGGGUUCCCAAAGGAGAUGCUAUGAAAACUGAUAAGGGAAGCAGGCCCUUGUCUCCUGCCCUUGGCCCUUGGUAUCAGGCUAAGAGAAGCUGGAGGGCUGAGCUGGUACAAUAGGAGGAGGAGGACACACCCUUUUAUCUUCUGCCUGUGACUUAAACCAAAUUUCACCUUCUCUUGGGGUAAUAAGUAGGGUGGGAGGAUCAUGGAGAGCAAAAGUUUUUCUUGGAUUUUUGGACACCAUGCAGGAGGAGCUGUAUGGGCAAGUGACCUCCCUGGAGAUGGCUCACCAUCUUGCUCGGCUGCCAUGCGUGUACUCUGGUGAUGCACAGCCCCAGAGACUUCGUCCCAGGAUUGCUUCUUGCUACUGAUGUGCCUCCUCAUGUUUGUCAUUGCCACACUCCUCAGUUAUGUGGCUUGGUGUGAGUGGACACCAGAAACCCUCAGUGCCUAUAGCCUGGUGUCUUACUUCCUGGGUGAUGGCCACCCUAUUGGGCAAAUUUCCUACAGAUCAACAUGAAAAUGAACUUUCACUAAUUAAUGCUGUUUACAUGAAUUAAUGACUAUAGAAUUGAUUCAAAUAAUUUUAGGAAGAAAGUUUGAGGAGACAGUUUUAGUUGUUUUGCCAGAAAGAUGAAAUAAAGUUAGAGUCAAGAAUAGAAUGUGUCCUCUCCUCAUAAAAUAUUAAGUAAAGGCUGCAUAAUAAGGAAUGCAAUGAAUGUUCAUAAAUUACACUGAGAAGAGAAAUGGGCUUGGGACAGAUUUGUGAUCAAGGAAAAACAUUCAUCCUAGGUCAGGUCCAAGGAAGAAGCCACAGGUGUGCACUGUGAUAAAGCAAGGCCAUGUGAAACUGUUGCUGUGAACUUAUAAUGAGCUUAUAGAAUAAAACACUGCUUUGAAUUUACUAUC